AUGGCCGGCGAAACCAACUACAACAAUUGGACCAAGAGCGGUCUCAUCCAACGACUGAAGGAGCUCGAGGUCGAACUGGAAAAGAGGCCCCAGGCCCGCAAAGCUGGUUCUGCUCCUGAAACUGAACCAAACCACCAUGCCUCGGCGGUUACAAUGUCCGAUGACAUGUCAGGGCGCGCCAAAAAGGCAAAAGCGCCGAAGGAAAAGCGGAAGAUGGAUCCCUCACGAUAUUCAACCCGAUUCAUUGCGCUCAAGCUGGCGUAUCUGGGCAAAAAUUACGGCGGAUUCGAGUUUCAAGCCAUGGGGAAUCGGCCCUCCAUCGAGGAGGAGCUGUGGAACGCUCUCACAAGGGCAUGCCUGAUCUUCCCCGAGGACGAGAGGGUCGUCCAGUUCGACUGUUGCGACUACUCGAAAUGCGGCAGAACGGACCGCGGAGUCAGCGCGUUCGGACAGGUCGUCGGGCUGAGGGUGCGCAGUAACAGGCCGCUCGCAAAGAAGAAGAGCAUCAAUGGGAAUGCCGCUGCCGCUGCCGCUGCCGCUCAAGACGUGCCCGCGGUCGAGGCAGGCCCGCAAAGAGGACGGCAAGCAGAAGCACAAGGGCAACCUCGACAAGAAUCAGAGCCGUUCGACGACGUCCGCGACGAACUUUGCUACCCACGCAUCCUGAACAGACUGUUGCCAGACGACAUUCGCAUCCUAGCGUGGUGCCCAUCACCACCGCCCCAUUUCUCCGCCCGCUUCUCGUGCCGCGAGCGCCAGUAUCGCUACUUCUUCACACAGCCUGCUUUUGCGCCCGAUCCCGCGAGCCCGCAUCCGUCGGGGGCCGGCAGACGCGUCGACGCGGGCUGGCUUGACAUUGGCGCCAUGCGCGACGCGGCCAAGCGCUACGAGGGCGAGCACGACUUUCGCAACUUUUGCAAGACCGACCCCGCGAAACAAGUCACCAAUUUCCGCAGGCGCAUCUUCGAAUCGGACAUUGUCGAGGUGCAGGAUGCCAGCUCCGCGCUGCCGUACCUCCAAACCCGGGGCUCCUCGCCGCCGGGGCUCCCGGGCCCCGGACCGUACCCCAAGGCGUACUACUUCCACGUUCGGGGAUCCGCGUUUCUGUGGCACCAGAUUCGCCACAUGGUAGCCAUCCUGUUCCUCGUCGGCCAGGGUCUCGAGCCGCCGUCGCUCGUCUCCGAACUGCUCGACACGGCCAAGCACCCCGGCCGACCCAGCUACGUCAUGGCCGACGAAGUGCCUCUCGUCCUGUGGGACUGCAUCUUCCCAGACAUCUCCAAGACGGACUACGCGGCCGCAGACGCGCCCAGCACGAGAGAGGACAGCAUGCGGUGGAUCCACGUGGGCGAGGAGCACCCGCCCGACAAAUUCGGACAGUUUGGCGUCAUGGACAGCCUGUGGCAGGCGUGGAGGGGCCACAAGAUGGACGAACUGCUCUCGUCGCAGCUCCUGCAGCUGGCAUCCCGCCAGGGGAGGGGGCCGACGGCCGCCGACGCCAGCGCGAGCGCGAGCGCGCGCGUGUUUGAAGGCGGCGACAGCGGACGCCUCUGCGGCAAGUACGUGCCCGUGAUGGAGAGGCCGGCGCUCCAGUCGCCAGAGGAGCAGAGCGACCGGUACGCCCAGAGGAAAGGGUACGCCGACGCACAAGAGAUGCACGCGCAAAAGGGGGCCGCGUAG